CCUGACUACAUUAGUGGGUUGUAUUUUUUUGGAGACUGCUCACUGUCUGAUUCAUCGCUAUGGCUAGCCUGGUGAUCAACGAAACUGGGAUGGAGGACUGUGGGAUUGAUGACUCCUUCAAGUACGACCUGUACGCUUCAGUUUACAGUGUGGUCUUUAUCUUAGGCCUGGUAACCAACUGUGCGGCCCUCUUUGUGUUUUGCUUCCGGAUGAAGAUGCGCAACGAGACCACAAUGUUUAUGACUAACUUAGCAUUGUCAGAUUUAGUUUUUGUUUUUACUUUGCCAUUCAAGGUUUUCUACAAUGUCAAUCGAAACUGGCCAUUUGGAGAUGGAUUGUGCAAGGUUUCAGGAACAGCUUUCAUCACCAACAUCUAUGGCAGCAUGCUUUUCCUCACUUGCAUCAAUGUAGACCGCUUCCUGGCCAUAGUGUAUCCUUUCCGCUCGCGCACCAUCCGCACUCGCAGGAAUGCAGCAAUGGUUUGUGCUGCUGUAUGGCUGACCAUUGUGGGUGGAGGAAUAUCUGUGACUUUCUUCUCUACCAUCAACAGCAAACACAGAGCCACUACAUGCUUUGAAGGCUUUUCAAAAAAAACCUGGAAGACCUAUCUGUCUAAAAUCACCAUCUUCAUUGAGAUUGUAGGUUUUCUCUUCCCUCUUUUGGCCAAUUUAGUGUGUUCCUCACUGGUUCUACGGACGUUGCGCCGCCCAGUGACUGUUGGUCAUGGAUGUGACAGCAAGAAACGUGUCCUGCGAAUGAUUGUGGUCCAUCUAACCAUUUUUAUCAUCUGCUUUGUGCCCUAUAACUUAUUGCUCUUCCUGUAUGCCCUUGUGCGAACCCAGGCCUUGGCUAACUGCACUGUGGAACGCUUUGCCCGAACACUUUACCCCAUCACCCUGUGUCUGGCCAGUCUCAACUGCUGCCUGGAUCCCGUGGUUUACUAUUUUACCUCAGAGAGCUUCCAGAAGAGCCUAACAAUCAGUGGCAAAGGGUCUGGAUCACGCCCUGAGAGCAUCCCCCGCAGCGACACUGAGACACAGUACACAAUACAAAAUCUUUCCACAGACACACAGACUGUGGCCAGCAAUGGAAAAGAGACAACAAUAUCUGACAGUCAGUUAUGA